CAGUGUGCCCCCAGCACGAUCCACCCUGAUAGUAUUCACUCAGAUCGCGUCUUCGGCGGCGACAGGACAGUUAUCUGUCUAUUUGUAUAUCCGGAUCUACGGGAACCGAGGCUAUGGUAUUCACUCGUCCAUCGACAAUUCCGUAUCCGACCGUAUGGCGUCGCUUCACCGUCCAACGAGGAGCUACCGCCAUUAACUUUCGCAUCCAGGACCUGACCGAGGACAUGUUCGAGCCAGCUGUGGCAUUGCUGGUCAAGUACUUCACUAAAGAUGAACCACCUUGCAAGUACAUAGGUAUCCAUAACCAUCCGAUCGCGAUGGCUGAACUUGAGAAGCUAUGGCGAACUACGAUCAAAGACAAAAUGUCUCUGGUCUGCGUGGAGGACAAUGACUGUGCUGCUAUCGUCGGGGUGAACGCCCUGACCGUGGUCUGCAAGGAUGACAAGGAUAAGCCGUUCAAGACAGAAGACAAAGUGUGGGCAGCUCUCUUCGGUGCUGUGGAUCUGGUGACGCGUAGCGUGGACGUCUUCACCACUUACAAUGUGGACAAAUAUCUGACCGCGUACGGCCUGGUCGUGGCGCCCGAGUGGAGGGGCUGCAACGUCGGUAAAGAGCUGUUGCAGGCCAGGGUCCCACUGUGCAAAGCACUAGGUCUCAAGGUAACGGCCACGGUGUUCACAGCAGCAGCGUCUCAGACCGUGGCCAAGAAGGCGGGCUUUGUGGACCUGAGCGAGAUCACAUACGAAGAACUUGCGAAGAAAGGGAUGGUAUUCCCUGGCAUCGAGGAGGAUACAAAAUCGUCCAAACUAAUGGCGUUGCUGAUUGAGUAGAUUAUGCAAAUUUAUAUGUAAUCACUAGCUUUUUCCUGCAGCUUCGCAUGCCUGGAAUAUUAUCUUCCGUUCUGGUCGGAAUUCCAAGUAAUUCCUUCUUUGUGCUUGUUCAUAUUGAAGUUAUGUUUUGUGUAGGAAUGCAGUUCUAUGGAUGACCAGGUUGGUCUAAUUUUGUUAAUAGAUGAUAAUGGAAUGGUAACCCCGCCUGUGCUAACGGUAUAUGCUGGCGGGGCACCAGUGAGGGAUGAUUAGUGAAGGUGAAAAGGCAGGUCAGUUAGCCCAUCGUGACGAAUUCAACGAUAAAUUAGUCACGAUGGUUUCCAGGGGGAACCGCGUGUAGGUCGACCUGAUAAGAUAUAUUGAUAGCGAUGGGGACCAUUACUAACAAUCCCUUCCCCCCAGGUAAGUCAUACCUACCUAUAGUUAAGAAGUAAGAAUGUAAUGUUACCCCAACCUGCGCCAUUAGUAUAAUCUGGCUGAAUUCCUUAAGAAUUAACGACUAUCUUUCUGGGAUGGGUUUUUUAUACCUCAUUCCUGACAAUCCCUUUUUCCCCAACCUCCAUAUAUGAGGUAGAAAAUGAAACUUUUAUAUUUUAAUGGAUGAUAAUGCAAUUGUAACCCCGCCUGCGCCGCCAGACUACGUACGGGUAAACACAGUCUAGGACGACCCUCCGCUAGAUGGAGUUACGACGUGAAAUGCGUUGCAGGGAGUCAGUGGAUGCAAGUGGUUUAGGACCGUUCUUUAUGGCAGUCUUUUUUUUAUACAACUUAGAAUGGCCAACAAGCUGACGGCCCACCUGAUGGAAAGUGGUAACCGUCGCCUAUAGAAUGAGCAGUAGCAUGGACAUAACAGAGUAUACUGUUUCGCCCAUGAUACCCCCAUGCGUUGCCAUUCCUGAGGACUCAGGUGUUAUUCCUCUGUACCCUGUAAAUUCACGCCAUAUCCCACCCUUCAAACCGAAACACAGCCAUGCAAACACAGUUGCUUCACAGUUGAAACACGAAUGGGACAGAGGUACCCAAGCAAUCGACUUUUGUACAAAGUCUCCCUCUGGUGAAAGUCUAUGGGGGAGGUUUAUGUCCAGCAGUGGACGAUGAUGAUGGCUGUUUAAUGUUUUAUUAUUAUUAUUAUAAUUAUUGCAAUUGUGUUACUGUGAUAUUAUUGUUAUGUAUAAUUAAAAAAAAAAUAUUAAUUAUUAAGCUAUAAUUAUUUUGUAAUCAACUUUCUAGUUAUAUCUAUGUAUAUAAGCACCUGUUGCAUUAAUAUCUUAUUGAAUUUAAUUCUUUGGAAUUGGAUAUAAUUUAUGAAUUUACAUUUUAUAAAGAAAGGUUCUUGAGUGGCGACCGCGUACGGGUAAACGUAGUGUAGGACGACCCCCCCACUAAAUAGAGUAACGACGAUGAAAUGCAUUUUUUUUAUGGGUGAAAAUGGUAUGGUAACCCCGCCUGCGCUAACGGGAUACGCUGGCGGAGCACCAGUGAAGGGUGAUAGGUGAGAAUGAAAACAGGCCAGAUAGCCCAUCAUGAUGAAUUCAUCAGGAAUUAACCAUGAUAGUUUCCAGGGAGAACAGCAUGGAGGUCGACCUGGUUGGGUAUAUUGCUAGCAAUGGGAUUCACAGUCUCCAUUACUAACAAUCCCUUUUCCCCCCACAAAUACUUGGGUUAAUAUCAUUUAGAUGAAUAUUUUGCAUUUCUUUUUUAGUCAUAAGUACAACCAAUACAUGUUAUACCACUAUUUAUUUUUAAAAUUAA